UCGACAUGGCACAGGCAUUCACCCGGGUCACCCGCAAGACAACAAAAAUGUCAGGGGUGUUGAAACCCCUCACCUUCGAGGUGAUAACUGAGUGCAAAACAACCAAAGCCAGGACUGGGAGAAUGGUCUUGAUGCAUCAUCACGUUGACACUCCUGUCUUCAUGCCUGUCGGCACUCAGGGCACCUUGAAGGGAUUACUCCCGCAACAAUUGGAGGAGCUAAACUGCCAGAUCAUGCUGAGUAAUACUUAUCACUUGGGAACACGUCCAGGGCCAGACAUUUUGAAAAAAGCUGGAGGUCUCCACAAAUUCAUGAACUGGAAGAGGGCCCUUUUAACAGACUCCGGUGGCUUCCAAAUGGUGUCCCUCCUGAAACUAGCUGAAAUAACCGAGGAAGGAGUGAAGUUUAGUUCUCCUUACGACGGAUCCGAGUGCAUGCUGACCCCUGAGCACUCCAUCGAAAUCCAGAACGCCAUUGGAGCUGAUAUAAUCAUGCAGCUUGAUGACGUGGUUGCCAGUACCACCACUGGACCGAGAGUUGAAGAGGCAAUGCAUCGAACCACGAGAUGGUUGGAUCGUUGUCUGGCAGCUCACCAGCGUCCCACAGAGCAGAGUGUUUUCCCAAUAGUCCAAGGUGCCCUGAGCCCCAUUCUCCGAACCCAGAGUGCUAUCAAGCAAUCGAAGAGGGAGGUCAAUGGAUUCGCGGUGGGUGGACUCAGUGGUGGGGAGAGCAAGCAGGACUUCUGGAAGAUGGUGCAUCUGUCAACAGACAUUUUACCCCGAGACAAACCCAGGUACCUGAUGGGAGUGGGAUUUGCAGUGGAUCUGGUCGUAUGCUCUGCCCUGGGGAUCGAUAUGUACGACUGUGUGUUUCCGUCUAGAACAGCUAGAUUUGGCUGUGCAUUAACAAGAUCUGGACAACUCCCCCUCCGCCAGAGGAUGUACAAACACGAUAAACGUCCCAUCGACGAAAAUUGCGACUGCAGUACCUGUAAAACAUACACCCGAGCCUAUCUCCAUCACCUGGUGACGAUGGAGACCGUCGCCUGUCACGCAUUAACCGUCCACAAUAUUGCAUUCCAGAUGAGGCUCAUGAAGGACAUCCGAGACAGUAUUAAGAACCAAAAAUUUCCCGAAUUCAUCAGAGAAUUCAUGUUGACAGUCUAUCCUGAGAGAAAUUACCCCGAGUGGAUUGUCGAGGCUCUCGGAGCAGUCAACGUUGAAUUAUCGUGAUACAGUGCAGAAUUUUUUUUCAACCAAAAAAAUUAUUCCUACAUCUGUCCACUUUAUUUUUAAUAUUUAACGGUUGGUUCAUGAAGGGAUCAAUCAAAAAAUUGAUAAUAUAUAUUUCUUGGGGAUUUAUUCACCACAGGACAUCACAUGAAGUCGUCUGAAUCGUAGCCUGAUGCCUCUGUGUUCGUUGUCAUUUUACUCUCUUGGAAUAGAGAAGAAUAAUUCCUGAAAAUUAUAUUUCAAUUAGAGAAUUCGGGAAUUCCGGAAUUCGUGACUCAACUAAAAUUCACUCAAAAUUCACGAAUUCAUGAUUCCAUUGGAAAAUUCAUGAAUUCGCGAUUUAAUUGGAGAAUUCGGGAAUUCGUGACUCAACUAGAAAAUUCACUGGAAUUCACGAGUUCAUGAAUUUGCCAAUUGAAUCAUAAUUUCGUGGCUCAACUCGAAAAUUCACUGAAAAUGCACGAAUUCAUGAUUCAAUCGAAACAUUCAUGAAUUCGUGAUUUAAUUGGAGAAUUCGUGAGUUAACUAGAAAAUUCACUGAAAAUGCACCAAUUUAUAAUUCAAUUGGAAAAUUCAUGAAUUUAUGAUUUAAUGGGAGAAUUCGGGAAUUCGUGACUCGACUAGAAAAUGUACUAAAACGCAAGAAUUAUUGAAUUUUCUAGUUGAUUCACGAUUUUUUUUCAUCAAAUCUCAGUCCUUCCACACUGGAUUAUUAUAAAAUGAUUAAAAACGGUUUGAAUUCAUUAUUCAAAUCAAUUUGAAACAAUAGAUUUUUGCUGA